GAAAUAUUCACUAUUUUAAAUAUUUCUAUUUCUAAAUAAUUUCGAUGUGUAAAUAAAACUUCAAAACCAGAACUUUGUUGGGGGGUUUUCAGUGAUGGUCAUGGACCGGAUAACAGCAGAACUAUACAGCUCGGCGCGGAUUGGCUGCUACUUCAGCGGUGAACCGGCCUGGGGAUUGGUGGGAUUCUUCCGCAGGGACCCGACAGGCACCGGGUACAAGGCAGUGUCUGGUUUCGCCGCCACCGGUACAAACAACGUCUUUCUGAACAACAUCAGCCCGGGCCGCAACCAAACGGGCGUCAACACCAACUACUUCUACGUGGACUUCGAAAAUAUAACUUGUCAGGACGUCGGGACCUACUUCUGUAUCUCAAACACUGGCGUCAGAUCUAUAGGAAGUAUAAACAUCACCUUACCUAAAUUCCCCAUCACCUUGGAGAUACCUAACGACAUACAAGAGAACAAAACGGUUACUCUGAAGUGCACCGGUGUCGUUAGCCCGCAGUCCGGGCGGAUUUUCUGGUCCGUCAAGCAACCAGGGGAGACAACUUUCGCUGAACGCUCGUUUUCCGGAGACGUCCAGGUUAUGGCCCACAAGGGCGCGUGCACGAACACCUUGCGGCGAGAACUCACUACGACCUUUGACCUGUCGUGGAACGGAACCGAGAUCAGGUGUGAGACAGAGAACCCUGCCGUCCAAUCAGAGGUCACGGAUAUUCUAGUGUUACCAGGCGACUUUUGUGACCCAUACCCAGCCAUGCACCGCCUCCAACACCCAUACGACUGUCAAUCAUAUAUCACGUGUAUCCCUGGCCUGAUCUUGACCUCCAGCUGUCCCGGCGACCUCUGCUAUGAUCAGCUGACCGACACGUGUGUGGCCAAAACUGGAGGCAAUAAUGCCAGUAAUGGUGCAUGUACAAAACGGCGGAUCUAA